CCGGCCCCGCGGGCCUGGCCUCCCGCCAGUGUCAGGCCCGGAGGCCGCGCUCGGCGCCCGGGCAGCGCCCCUCCGCAGCCCCCACCCGUCGCGUCGUGCACCGAGGGCCGGCGCGCCUCGGGCCCACCCAGCGGGGGCGGGAUGACAAAGCACAAAGAGACUGCGGAGGACCACGACCCGCUUGGCCUGCACCCGGGCCAGCAGGCUUCAAGAAGGGGACCCGCCUGUGCCAGCCUCCGAGCCAUGGGCGAGAGGACAGGGGCGCUCAUCGCCUUUGGGAGUGCAGCCCAGGAGGGACCCACAGCUCCUGGAGGAUGGUGCGGAUCUUAGCCAAUGGGGAAAUCGUUCAGGAUGAUGACCCCAGAGUGAGGACCACUACUCCACAGAGAGGGAGCUCUCCUCGGCAGGGCUUUCUCAACAGGGGCCAGGGUGUCCCCCCAGGGGGGACUGGCCCUCGCCCACAGCAGGCGGGUGCCAGGCUGGGGGCUGCUCAGUCUCCCUUCAAUGACCUCAACCGGCAGCUGGUAAACAUGGGCUUCCCCCAGUGGCACCUGGGCAACCAUGCGGUGGAGCCGGUGACCUCCAUCUUGCUGCUUUUCCUGCUCAUGAUGCUUGGUGUUCGUGGCCUCUUGCUGGUGGGCCUCGUGUACCUGGUGUCCCACCUGAGCCAGCGGUGACCUCAAGGGCUGAUGGGGGUUGGUGUGUUGAGAGGGACUUGCUGGGCCUUGGUGUUAGAGCAGGCACCUGGGGAGGGGAUCUAGUGGGCUUCGGAGAUAUGGUGAGAGGACCAUGGUGUGGUUUCCCCCUUGUGUUAAGCAGGAGGCAGAGGGAGGCUGUAGGCUAGCACCCCCAAGUAUAGGGUGGGGACCCUGGUUGUCCUGAGACGUUUUCAGGUGGUAUAGGGCCUCCCUAAAGUGGCACAAAACCAGAGCAAGGUGUUCUCUUUCCAGUUCUCUUUAAUCCUUUUAUGCCAAGAAGGAAGUCUCAACUUGGUGCCAAUGUGUUGCGAUGCCUCCAGAACACGAACUGACUUCCCCAUUACCAGGGAGCAGUUCUGGGGUUAAGGGCAGGUGGGAGAAGUUUCCAGACUUUUAUAACACUGUUUUGUUUUAAUGGUGUAUUUUUAUUGGCUACCUUUUAUUUAUGAUGAGGGGUACUGGCAUUCUAUUUAUUGUGACGUUUUCAAUAAAUAGAUUUAAGUAAAAAUGAGUCCAUGUAAAGAA